AUGUCAAUCACGAUCGAAAGCACUUUGACGUGUGUUUUGACCGUCCAACAACCACAACACCGGCGAAUCGCCAACCCCCAAACUCCACCCACCAACAAAAGCUCUACCACGUCUCCCGAAUACAAUCUGAUCCAUGAACUUCUCAAAUUGAACAUUCGCCAGCAACCUGAUUGGUGCCAGACCGAGCCGACGAUGACCGCCGGUCAGCGAGUCGAAGCUGCAUCCUACCGUCCGCAGCCAGCUGCUCACCCACAGCCGCCACAGCAACAGCCAAUUCAACGACCGUCACAAAUGCCGUCAGAGGUGUGGAAUACGCGGCAACAGGACGUGGAUGUGGACGUCUUCUCGCAGAUGAACAACAACGACGUCAACUACUAUCUGCCUCGUAUCAGCCAGCAAGUACAGCGCGAUGCGAUUCUGCGACGUAACAAUGCCGUCAUCGAGUCACACGCUCGUCUUGAAGAAUGCUGCGAGGAGUAUAGGCAGCUCGAGAAGGAACGGAAACAAACCGAAGCCGAGCUGGCCAGGCACAACCUGGGCAAAAAGAUAAGCUCAUCCAACGGUCUGCCAAUUCCACGUCUCCCGACGGCACCUUCUCGUGUUGAUCGGCUGAUUGUCGACUUCUUCCGCGAGCAUGCUCGAAUCACCACGUUGCUUUCCAAAAUGGAACAACUUCGCUCGGCUCCAUUGCCGAGCCCGGUUCAUCAGGCGCUCAAAGAACUCCUCGAAGCAGUCACCAUUCUGCAACACUGCCGACAUCAUGAACGCACUGCCAUUUUACAACAGCUUCGAGGCGAGACCGUCAGAUAUGAUGAGGAAAAAGAAACUGCCAGUCUGACACAAGCGCUGAUCGCGGUGAGACGAGCGGCAUGCCGUGCACGAGCUGUAAACUGGUGUUCACUGAUCUGGACACUUGGACCGGAAGACGCGGUACAGAAAUCGCAAGUGGAACGCCUGGUCGCCGCCGACUUUUCUAUCGGUCCACCACCGAUCCGCCCACGUCCACUUAAAAACUGA